AUGACAUCCUUGCAAAAUCGGAUCAACAUCAAGCGGAAAGCAGCAUGGCCAUCUGCCUAUCUCUCUGUCCAGAACGUGAUUGACUGUGGCAACGCGGGUUCCUGCAAUGGUGGAGAUCAUUCUGGUGUUUGGGAAUAUGCACACAGUAACGGCAUUCCUGAUGAAACCUGCAACAACUAUCAAGCCAAAAAUCAGGACUGUAACUCCUUUAAUCAGUGUGGAACUUGCACAACCUUUGGCGUGUGUAAUGUAGUAAAGAACUUCACUCUCUGGAAAGUCGGAGACUAUGGCUCAGCCAGCGGGCUGGACAAGAUGAAAGCUGAGAUCUAUUCUGGAGGACCCAUCAGUUGUGGAAUCAUGGCAACAGAUAAGCUGGAUGCGUACACAGGUGGUGUGUACUCGGAGUACGUACAGGACCCCUAUAUAAACCACAUUGUAUCUGUAGCCGGCUGGGGCGUUGAUGAAAAUGGAGUGGAAUACUGGGUCAUCCGUAAUUCUUGGGGAGAGCCAUGGGGAGAGAAAGGCUGGCUCAGAAUAGUCACCAGCGCGUACAAGGGCGGCAGUGGGAGCCAGUACAACCUCGCCAUCGAAGAGGACUGCAUGUAUGGAGACCCCAUCCUACCCAAAAACUACCUGUAGUUGGCUGUGGCAUGUUCUUCACAUGCAAACGCAGUCUUAGAUUUGCCAAAAAUGAUGAUUUUUUUUAUGCUGCCUAAGAUCAGUUGCAGAAGUUUGGUUUUAAUCGUUUUUAAUCUCAGGAAAGUUUCAUCAGAAAUUGUACAGAAUUGUUUCUGUAAUUCUGCAUUCAUAGGCCUUCUUUUUUUAAUGGUUUUCUACACUACUUAAUGAACAAAAAGGGAAAAGUAGUUCACCCUUUUUUUUAUUUUUUUUAUACCAGGACAUUUAAUAUUUUAGGAUGUUUUAAAUGGACCGACCUCGGGCCAAAUGGUCAUCUAAUGAUCUUGUUUUGCUGAAAAGGUUUUGGGAUUUGCUAUGUUGUAUUAAAAGCAAACAUCUCUUUCUGAUGGGGAUUUUGCUUUUAAUGCAUCUGUCAAACUAUGUCAACAUGUGAAGCCAUGGAUCAGUUUAAUAAAUGCACUGUUUUCAAUCACACUCAUCAAUAAAAGUCUUAUCAAGUUCU